UCAGACUCCGAGCUGAAGAAGAGCGCUUCCUCUGCCGCGAGGGAGGCGACAGCAGAGCGCGGACAAGGCUGGCGCGCCGUUUCGACUUCUAGGCGUUGGAUAAUCUUAACUGUACAACAUUUAAAAUACAACGCUCUGGAUACCUCCAUGUCUAAUUUGUUGCUUACAAAUGACUUACACUAAAGAUGUUCGUGUUGCACAAACUUGGCCAGCGGAAGUUCAUGUUUUAGGAAGUCAGAAAGGAUUCAGCAACUAAGUUAUUCAACACAAUAUCGAGUUGUAAUAUAACGUCUUCACCAGCGAAUAGGAGGAAAGGUUGAGAUGGAUACGCACGUUAAAGAAGGGCAACUUUAUGUUCAACACCAAAAAUUCGGCAAGAAAUGGAAGAAGAAUUGGUUUGUGCUCUACCCGGCCAGCCAGAAUGGCAUCGCCCGUCUGGAGUUCUACGACUGUGGCGGCAGUGGGAGCGAGAAGCCCACCAACACCAAGAAGCUGGACAAGAAGAUCAUCCGCCUGUCCGAGUGCAUCAGCAUCCUGCCCGCCGUCACCGAGAGCUGUCCCAAGGAGAACAUGGCCGCCUUCUGUGUGGAGACCAACGACAAGACACACGUCUUUGCCGCCGAGAAGCACGUCACCACCGACUGGGUGGAGAAGAUGUGUGAGAUCGCUUUUCAGGGAGGAAGUGGGUCCCUCAUAAGUUCCGACUCCAAUGGACAAGAGCUUCAAAUGGCUGAGAACCUGAUCUACUACUCAAGAGAAGAAGUGAACGAGUUCUGGGUGACGGUGCAGCGGACGGAGGCCUCGGAGCGCUGCAGUCUGAUGGGAAGCUACUGGCUGAAGGCUGACGGUGAGAGCCUGAUCCUCAAAGACCCCAAGAGCAAGAGGAGCCUGCUGGUGUGGCCCUAUAAGCUGCUGCGCCGCUAUGGAAGAGACCGGGUGAUGUUUUCCUUCGAGGCGGGUCGGCGCUGCGAAUCCGGUCCGGGAAACUUCACCUUUGAGACCAAGCAGGGCAACGAGAUUUUCCUGAUCGUGGAGAGCUGCAUCCGCGAGCAGAAAGCUCAGGCCGAGGACCGCCACCAGAGCUGCCCGUCAUUGGACCCUGACUGCCCUGCCCUGCAGCAGAUCCGCAUCGCCAUUGCCGAGGGAAACGCCCGCGAACCCGACGGUGACUCUGGCGGCAGCAAGCCUGGCUCGGCCGAUGGGGUUUUCGGCCGAAGGGAGGGUGCCGACGGCAAGCUCCUGAAGGGUCGCACCCUGCCAGAACCCCCCGCCACGGUCGCAGGCACUCCGCCUCGCUCCCCCCUGCACCGAGGGUCCAGGAGUGAUCCUCCAUCUCUGGACGACCAGACCAAUCUCUACUCCGAACCAGCCGACUCGGUGCGCAUUCCACCCAACCCUGUCGAGUGCCUGUACUCGGACCCAGUGGACAGCAUCAAGUGCGCCUCCAGCCCGCGACUCCGACCCCUGGGCGACGAAGGCGGGAGCCGUCAACACCCCUCCAACAAACCCGAGCCCUUCUAUUCGGACAUUUACGACCGGGUGACCCUCGACCUGACCCAGCGGACUGCCGGCAUGUCGCUGGACAGGGUCGGGAGACGGCCGGCCGAGGGCGGCCGGGCCGAACACAUCUACGACGAGCCCGAGGGCCGAGCCGGCACCCAGUCCACCUCGUUGCCGCCAAUCCCCUCGCUCUACGACGAGGCCCGACAGGACGCGCAGGCCUGGAGGACCCGAGGGGUGGACGAAUCGCAGGGCCACGAGGUCCCCUACAACGCCUCGCUAGACGACUACUCAGUUCCGGCCUAUGGCAAGCCGCAGCCCUCGGCCACCGCCCGGCCCAAGGCUCCCAAGCCUGCCCCCAAGCCUGUCAAAGCACCGCGGAAAGGGCCUCCACCACUGCCUCAGGGGAAGGCCAGCGCCAACCUGAACAACAACAACAGCAGCAGCGGCAGUAACGGCAACCAGAAUAGAGGGGGUGCAGGCGUGGUGAGCAAACACGUGGAGCUCUACAGCAAGGUGUCCAAGCACAAGCCUCCUGCCAACACUUGGUACUCUAACGCCAUUCGCUCCCCAGACAUCAUCUACGACAACCUGGGGGAUAUCUGAGCCUUCCCGACAACCCCCGAGAGGGGCUUGGAUCCCCUUCCGAAAUCGUCGGCAGCAAACCUCUGUGCCUUUAAAUUGGCUGUGUCAUUUCUGCAGACUUUGGUGAGGUGGGAGGAGAGAAUUGUGGAACUAGAUUCCAAAACCCUCCGAUAUGGGGCCCCUCAAGCAAUGUCGAUGAGAGUUGCCAGCGAUUUGUUUUUUGUGGCACUUGACUGUUGACGCAGUGCUUUUAACAAGGCCACAGAGACAGCGCCAGCCAGAUCUGAAGUCAAAGUUGGGCACAGAAGGGAUUAAGAAAUGGUCACAUUCGAUCUAAGGGCACAAAUGUGAAUUGUGUCCCUUUUACAGUUGACAUUGCUCGUUAGGUGGAAUGGAUAUUGACGACCAGUUCUAUUUCUGGAGUGGAUGUCAGAGUAUGCUCUUAACUGGAAUAAGACACAGUUUUGCACUUCUUUUCAAUGAACCACUUCCCCAAACGCAAAUGAGUCUGUGAUGUUUUUUAAAUAAGAGAACGAAAAUGUAAAUUAUUUAACAAAUCCUGUUGCCUUGACUGUCUUACAUUUCAUGACUGCUAUUUUGAAAUAGACAGGAAAUCACUACACAGAAACCAAACCUGUGUUUUCCUAUGUACAGAUAAUUUUUAAUGCAAAGAGAUUAACCCAUAACUGUUUGUGUGUGUGUGUGUGUUUGUGCGUGUCCAUCAAAGAAACAGCUGUGCUGUUGUAAAUAUGUUACGGACAUCAGUAAUAAUAAAAAAAA